GUGGUUGCCCAGGGAGGCUUGCAGGUGUCCACGCAUGCGCUCCCUGGGUUCGUGCGACCUGGGACUAUGGCGAAGGCGCUACGUAGCCGAGGAGCGCUAAGUCUGCGGCUCCUUCUUUCGGCUCUGAAGUCUAGUGUCUCCGUUCCUCUGACCCGGACCGAGGCCUCCUUCGGCACCUCAAUAACCUCUACCAAAGUGGCUGUGAAUGGUGUCGACCUGCAUUAUCAGCGGACUGGAGAGGGCGAGCAUGCUGUCUUGCUGCUUCCUGGAAUGUUGGGAAGUGGAGAGACUGAUUUUGGACCUCAGAUUAAAAACCUAAAUAAGAAGCUCUUCACAGUGGUUGCCUGGGAUCCUCGAGGAUAUGGAUAUUCCAGACCCCCAGAUCGAGAUUUCCCAGGGGACUUUUUUGAAAGGGAUGCAAAAGAUGCUGUUGAUUUGAUGAAGACACUGAAGUUUAAAAAGUUCUCUUUGCUGGGGUGGAGUGAUGGUGGCAUUACAGCACUCAUUGCAGCUGCAAAAUACCCAUCUUACAUCCACAAGAUGGUGAUUUGGGGAGCCAACGCCUAUGUGACUGAGGAGGAUGAAAUGAUUUAUCAGGGUAUCCGAGAUGUUUCUAAGUGGAGUGAGAAAACAAAAAAGCCUCUAGAAACCCUAUAUGGGUAUGAGUACUUUGCAAAAACCUGUGAAAAGUGGGUGGAUGGCAUAAAACAGUUUAAACAUCUUCCAGAUGGUAAUAUCUGCCGGCACUUGCUGCCCCUGAUUCAGUGCCCCACCUUGAUUGUGCAUGGUGAAAAGGAUCCUCUAGUCCCACGUUUUCAUGCUGACUUCAUACACAAACACGUGAGCGGGUCACAGUUGCAUCUGAUGCCAGAAGGCAAACACAAUCUCCACUUACAUUUUGCAGAUGAAUUCAACAAGUUGGCAGAACACUUCUUACAAUGAACAUGUGACCUGGUGAUUCCUUAGCAAGAGGCUUCAUCUGCCUGUUGCGGCCUCUGGAACCCACCCCCACAUCACACCCCAGUUCACCUUCCCUCUAGGCUUUCUGUUCCUCCCCACAACUGCUGUUAAUCCAAUAGGAAAAAUAACAUUAAAAACAUCCUCUAAUAGCUACAAAAAUUAAGUCUGACUUUUUAACAUUAAGUUUGGAUCUCUACCAUUGUCUUAAAACAUAAAUUCCUUAUGGUGAUUUAUUUAUUUGCAAAUAAAUGUUAGAGGAGCACUUGAGCUCCUGGCUGCUAUUUUGGGGUGCUGUGAACCCAUGCUGUGCCUUCUGAAAGGUGCAAGCACUCUCUUGUCUCUGUAGUCGUGUCAUUGUACAAAGCCAGAAAAGAAACACAAGAAAAUCCUUG